CGUCGAAGUAUCGUCGAUUCACCUCAGCAGGAUUUUUUUUUUACUAUCGAAUAUUCUUUUUUGUGCAUCUUUUUAGAAAUUGGAGUAACGGAAAAGUUCGUCUGGUUUAGUAUGGAGAGGACAGCGAAACAGCUGGCUGUGUCUAAGUAUGGUGAUGUUCUUCUCAACGUAGCUUCGUCACAAUUUGAAUGGGAAAAAGCUGAGGCAUAUGUACAUGUCAUGGAGGCACGUGAAGCCACUUUAAAAAAGAAACUGGAUAAAAUAAAAAAGCAGAUGAAACAUGCAGAGGACAAUCUCAAAGACAAUGAAACCGAGGGAGUUGGAACUAAAGGAGCAAAUGUAACUCAGUUUGAUGCAACUCAAUCAGAUGCAACUCAGUCAGAUGCAACCCAGUUAGAUGCAACUCAGUCAGAUGCAACUCAGUCAGAUGAAACUCAGUCAGAUGCAACUCAAUCAGAUGUAACUCAGUCAGAUACAACUCAGUCAGAUGUAACUCAGUCAGAUGUAACUCAGUCAGAUUUAACUCAAUCAGAUGUAACUCAAUCAGAUGCAACUCAGUCAGAUACAACUCAGUCAGAUGCAACUCAGUCAGAUGUAACUCAGUUAGAUGCAACUCAAUCAGAUACAACUCAAUCAGAUACAACUCAGUCAGAUGUAACUCAGUCAGAUACAACUCAAUCAGAUGCAACUCAGUUAGAUGCAACUCAGUCAGAUACAACUCAGUCAGAUACAACCCAGUUAGAUGCAACUCAAUCAGAUACAACUCAAUCAUAUACAACUCAGUCAGAUGUAACUCAGUCAGAUGCAACUCAGUCAGAUACAACUCAGUCAGAUGCAACUCAGUCAGAUACAACUCAAUCAGAUGCAACUCAGUUAGAUGCAACUCAGUCAGAUGCAACUCAGUUAGAUGCAACUCAGUCAGAUGCAACUCAGUUAGAUGUAACUCAGUCAGAUUUAACUCAGUCAGAUGAAACUCAGUCAGAUUUAACUCAAUCAGAUGUAACUCAAUCAGAUGUAACUCAAUCAGAUGUAACUCAGUCAGAUACAACUCAAUCAGAUGUAACUCAGUCAGAUUUAACUCAAUCAGAUGUAACUCAAUCAGAUGCAACUCCGUUAGAUGCAACUCAGUCAGAUGCAACCCAGUUAGAUGCAACUCAAUCAGAUACAACUCAAUCAGAUGUAACUCAGUCCGAUGCAACUCAGUCAGAUGCAACUCAGUUAGAUGCAACUCAGUCAGAUGCAACUCAGUCAGAUACAACUCAGUCAGAUGCAACUCAGUCAGAUUCAACUCAGUCAGAUGCAACUCAAUCAGAUGCAACUCAGUCAAAUGCAACUCAAUCAGAUGCAACUCAGUCAGAUGCAACUCAGUCAGAUACAACUCAAUCAGAUGCAACUCAGUUAGAUGCAACUCAGUCAGAUGCAACUCAGUUAGAUGCAACUCAGUCAGAUGCAACUCAAUCAGAUGCAACUCAGUCAGAUGCAACUCAGUCAGAUACAACUCAAUCAGAUGCAACUCAGUUAGAUGCAACUCAGUCAGAUGCAACUCAGUCAGAUGCAACUCCGUUAGAUGCAACUCAGUCAGAUGCAACUCAGUCAGAUGCAACUCAGUUAGAUGCAACUCAGUCAGAUGCAACUCAAUCAGAUGCAACUCAGUCAGAUGCAACUCAGUCAGAUACAACUCAAUCAGAUGCAACUCAGUUAGAUGCAACUCAGUCAGAUGCAACUCAGUCAGAUUCAACUCCGUUAGAUGCAACUCAGUCAGAUGCAACUCAGUUAGAUGCAACUCAGUCAGAUGCAACUCAGUCAGAUGCAACUCAGUUAGAUGCAACUCAGUCAGAUGCAACUCAGUCAGAUACAACUCAAUCAGAUGCAACUCAGUUAGAUGCAACUCAGUCAGAUGCAACUCAGUUAGAUGCAACUCAGUCAGAUGCAACUCAAUCAGAUGCAACUCAGUCAGAUGCAACUCAUUGGAUGCAACUCAGUCAGAUGCAACUCAAUCAGAUGCAACUCAGUUAG